AGCAGCAGAAAUGUGCAACAUGGCGGAAUGCAUAGUGAACUAUUUAGUAGCUAAAUGGCGUAGUGUUGUCUUAGGUCCUUGUUUAGAGUGUAUAUGUGAGAUAAUUGUUUGAAAUUGAAUUUUCUGUGUUGUGCCGAAUUGCUGCCGAUCAUAGUUUGUUUCGUUUGACUAGUUAAGUUUAAGACGGGAUCGGCGGGAAACCAUAUACGCAGCGGAAUUUGUUUAUACGUUGCUUAGGGAGGACAAAAUGUGAAACUCGAACUUCGAGUGCACAAGAAAAAUGAUAAUCAUAGAAGUUUUGAAGAAAACUUACAAACAUAAAUGAACAGCGAAGAAUACGAAAUGCAGGCGUUCCGGUCAAGUGCUGCGAAAAUGGAACCAUUGUGCUUACCUCCACCGCCGCCGCCACCCCCUCUUCCUCGGCCUUCUUUCAUGCCACCACCUCCACCUCCUCUCUCGCAGUCACCAAAAAGGUAUGAAUCCGCAGGAAGCAGCCCAGUUGUUCGGCCUGUACAGAACCGCUUUUUAAAGCCGCCAGAUCAGCGCCCCUUCCAGCGCCCGCCGCAUUUACCAUUUUUACUUCCACCUCCUCCCCCCAAAUUUCGUAACCACGCACAUCGACAACAUGCAUCGCCAGCUGCACAGUACAGGGCAGUGUCACAGAGCACUUCAUUGCAACGAAGAAAUCUGGAAGUCAAUGAUAACUCUACAUCUGCCACCAUACCGGCUGCGGAAGAAGAGCCUUCUCAAUUAAAAACACCCACUGUGAAAGAAGAGACAGGGUCCACUGAGCCUGUUGUACGAGAUGACAUGGAAGAGAAGUCCUGUACUUCAGAGGACGUCAACAUGCCUAAUAAAACACACAGAAAAAGGCCGUCUGAAAAAGAGUCGGAUAACUCUUCUGGAUUACCCAAAGAAUUAACCCAGAAAUUUGGUCCUCUCACCUGUGAACUGUGUUCAGUUUCUGUAAAUUCAACUGUACAAGCAAAGAUGCAUUACUCAGGGAGGCAGCAUGAAAAGAAAGUUCAUAGUUUCUUAUUGAACUGGUCAAAGGAGACUGGAGAGCCAUUGCCAAAACAGUUUAAAGAUGGCCCGCCAAAGAAAAGCGUUCCAGAUGUUUCCUUCUGUGAAGUAUGUAAUGUUGCCCUUACGUCAACUGCACAUGCGGAGCAGCAUUACAUGGGACGCAAUCAUCGAAGAGCACUUGCAGGCCAUGCUGCAGCGAAAGCAAAGGUAGAACAGUGUGCAGUUCCUACUACUGAUCAGACGGGAAGAUUUGGGAUUGGUACACAGUUUCAGCCAUGGUCAAAUGCAGAUCCACUAGUGCUUAAAGCACCUGAACCAGAUUCACCAAUUCAGAAAACCAAGAAGUUUUUCUGUGAACUUUGUAAAGUGGCCGCCACUUCACAAGACCAGUUGGAUAUGCACUUACGGGGUGCAAAACACAGAAAAGCAGAAACUGCAAAUAAACAGAGAUCAACUGUGACAAGUACAACUCCACAGGCUACUCAGUCAGAUUCAAUUCUUGCAAGUGUGAUACAGAAUGAAGAUGGCACACAGAGUUCUGUGGGAAAAGACUAUUCUAUUUAUAGAACACCAUCUGGUUAUUAUUAUUGCCAGCCAUGUAAUUUAACAUUAAACUCUGAAGCACAGUUCAUUCAGCAUUGUGAAAGUAAGAAACACAAGGUUAAAACAGCAACAGCGAAAAAGCCUGUUGGCAGCCCUUUGAAAGCUGGCAAUGUUGUUGCCUAAUUUAGUGUUACAUAUGGUUAUACAUGUUAUUUUUUGUUUAUCUCCACCUGUUAUUCAGAAGUAGGGUCAGAUUUUGCACCUUUAAAAGUCUGAGUUUUUGACAAGGUACAAAACAAAAUGAGAUUAACAGGUUUUUCUUCCAAACAAGAUAGUAAGAAAAACAUAAGGUAACAGGAUUAUUACUACAGUGUGUUAUAUCACUUGCAUCCAGUUGAAACAGGAGUGGAAAACAUUUCUGUAUAUAGUAGUACUCAUUUUAUAUUUAUUACAGGUUAUGAAACGUAACAGUUUCUUGAUACAUGAAAAUGCUGAGCUUUACCUUGAAGUGCGCAGACUGCGUCAGAAACUUGAAGGAAACGAUAUUGUGACAAGGCAGCUCAGUCGUGAAGUUGGAUUAGUUGAAUUUGCCCAAGAUGCUGCAGAGACUGACCCGUGAUGUAUCACAGACACCAGUAUUGACAAAAAGUGGAGAACACAAUUUCAGACCUGUCAAACAAGCACAAGCUGGUUUCAUUAAAUAGAGAUCAAAUAGUCCUCAAAUGAUUCUGAGUGCAAUAAACUGAAAUGCACUGUGAUUCAAGUAAUCAACCUCCACAGUGUGUGUUUAGUUCAAAGGUUUAUACAUGUGACUGCCUGCAGUGUCAGCUAAACAGUGUCUUUGGAAAUCAAAACUUUGGUAGAUUGACUAAACUGAUUGACUAAACUGUGGCUUUCAGAUAGAUUAUACUGUGACUAUUGUCAGCAAAUAGACUUCUGCAGUUUGUUGGCUUUCUGUCUCUGUGGUUCAGGAAAACCUGCAGUUUAUGAGAUGACAAAAGAGUAUUUUAGAUUUCACUAAGUUAAAAGCCUAAGAAGUCUACAUCAAUUGCCAGUUUUUUUUUUUUUUUUUUGUAGAACUACUUUUGAUUAAACUAUACUUAGUAUAUAUGUGAACAGAGCUAUGUUUUACACUGGUAAUUAUCACUUUCCCUUUAGGCAACUGAAGUGACAUGGUAUUAAAACUUAGUUGAAUACUGAAGCUAUUUUACUGGUAUUAAAAUAGUACCGAUUUAGGCUGCAUAUGGUCUUGAUAUCUCUACAUGUGAAUCCCAGCAUAUUUUACAAGAAAUCUGACAUCGUGCUGAGGUUUAGAGGCCUUCUUUUUGCAGUUACAAAUAUAAAGAUUGUCUCUUCCUUCUGGAGGUUAUCACUAAAUGACUUCAUGUGCACUGUUAUAACUUAAUAGCAUAAGCGAUCUAUGUGUAAGCAACUGUUUUCCAUGUGGUGAAUGUUAGAGUAACAAUGAAAUUGUCAUUGGGCUUAAAAUAUACCUAGGAAGUAGUGUUUUGCACAAGUUUUGAAGUUGAUUUUUUUUUAAGAACCUGAAUUUUCAAAACGAAUGGUGUAAUAUGGUUCAGUAUUAUUGUUUUUUUCCUCUUCAGUUAUAUUCAGUGACUAUACUAACGCAGAAAGAUGUACAUUGUAGUACUUGUUAGAUUCAAAUAUUGCGUGCAUUUAUUUGUAUUGUUUUUCUCUGGAUCCAGUAGGCAUUCCAUAAACUGUUACUGUUUGCUUAUGUGACCCUCUGUUGUCACUGCAAAAUGUGUAAUUUAAUGAGAAGCUUUGUCAUAUGAUGAAAAUUGUACUGUCAUCUGGAAAGAAGUCCAAAAUUUCAAAUCCCCACACGUGUUGUGAAGAAAAGCCGUACCUCUUGACUGCUAGUCUGCUUGGUAGUUGCCAGUCAGAUUGUUUAUUUCAAGAAUGCAAAAACCCAUUAAAUAAAGUCUUGAUUGCUCAUUCAACAACAAUGAAAUACACAUUAAGUAAGCUGUAACACAUGAGAUUCACAGUGCUAAAAAUCAUUCUGUAAUAACAUGUAUGCAAUAUUUUUUUCUGAAGUUAACUACAUUGUGUGUUUCUCCUGUAUUGCUACAUAUUUUUUGUCUCGUCUUUCAUUCGGCUGUUCAUAUUAUUCCUGUCAUAUUGUUUCCAUAUUAUUGUGUCAACUUGGUGAAUGUAGUUAAGUAGUACUGCAGCAAUAAAACACUG